AUGUUUCGAUCACGCUGUCAAAAUAUUCUACGGUCGCGGUGCGCUGUAGCGCCCGUUCAGGCAACUACUCGUCUACCCUUGACGCGCGCCGCAUUCUCCACCACGGCUCGGUGUGAGCUCAUGGAGAUGACAGGUUUCACCGAGGAACAACUCACUGUUCGAGACGCCAUUUCAAAUAUCUGUUCCAAAUUCCCCAAUACAUACUGGCAGGAACGCGAUCAAGAAGAAAAAGACCCCAAAGAAUUCCACGCGGCGCUGGCGAAGGACGGAUGGCUCGGCAUCGCGCUGCCGGAGUCUCUUGGAGGGGCGGGAUUAGGUAUAUCUGAGGCUACGAUGAUGAUGCAAACCAUCACGCAGUCUGGUGCAGGUAUGGCGGGGGCGCAGGCCAUCCACGCAAAUGUGUAUGCCACGCAGCCAUUGGCGCGUUUUGGCACAAAGGAACAGCUCGAGACCACCAUUCCGAACAUUAUCAACGGAACAUGGCGAACUUGUUUCGGAGUCACUGAGCCAAACACAGGCUUGGAGACUCUUAAGCUCAAGACACUCGCAACCAAGACGGCUGAUGGAUACUCUGUGUCCGGUCAGAAAAUCUGGAUCACCUGCGCCCAAGUCGCAUCAAAGAUGAUUCUCUUGGCUCGGACCACUCCACUGGAAGACGUCAAAAAGUCCACAGAAGGCCUGUCCAUGUUUUGCAUUGACCUUAACCGCGAUCAACCCGGCUUAGAUCUUCGCAAGAUCAAGAAAAUGGGCGGUCGCGCCGUGGAUGCCAAUGAAGUGUUUUUCGAUAAUUACGCCAUUCCAGCGAACGCACUCAUCGGUAAGGAGAAUGAUGGGUUCAAGAUUAUUCUGCACGGUAUGAAUGCCGAGCGUUGUCUGCUGGCGGGCGAAGCUCUUGGUCUUGGAUACGCGGCACUGGAAAAGGCCGCUCAGUACGCUAAGGAGCGUGUUGUUUUCGGUCGGCCAAUUGGUCAGAACCAGGGUGUAUCUCAUCCAUUGGCUGAUGCGUAUAUGAAAUUGGAGGCAGCGAAGCUUGCGACCUACCAUGCUGCGCGCCUCUAUGAUACAAACGACGGUUCUGUUCCGCUGCACGCUAUUGGUGUCGCUUGUAACAGUGCUAAGUAUUUGGCCGCUGAAGCAGCUUUUACGGCUUGCGAACGGGCGGUUUUGGCCCAUGGUGGUAUGGGUUAUGCAGUGGAGUAUGACGUGGAGCGAUACAUGCGGGAAUGCUUUGUCCCUCGAAUUGCGCCUGUCAGUCGAGAGAUGAUUUUGAACUACGUUAGUGAGAAGGUGCUAGAUUUGCCUCGGAGCUAUUGA